CAGUUACUUUGAACGGUUGUGUCAGAUGGAUGCUUUGGGCGAGCAUUUUCGCGUAAACUAAUUGAUUUCUUCUAAUUAAAUUACAGUGAAUCAUUGUGUUAGCGAUGCAAAUGUGAUGUGAGCCAUGCUUAUUCAUUUUGUGCAAAAAUUGUUAAUAUUGCAGCCAAAAUAGGGGGUGUAACGGGGAAACAAAAAUGGCUUCGGGAGACAGCGAUCACAUAGAAGUAAUGGAUAGUUCAGUGACCAAAAAGACGGAUGCUGGACAGGCAGGCGCAGAGGAUGAUGAUCGCGAUAGGACUUCAAUUGCUGAGAAAAAUGUACUUUACGAUCCGGCAGUGGGCCCUUCAGGGGCCAUCAGCAAAGUGCACAAAUCGGAUCGCAAGAUCGGCCACCGGCGAGUUGGUGAGGGAGGCGAGAUCACCUACAAGAAGAUUCAGUCCUCGCAGAUUAUGGCAUCCAUUCAACUUGGUAUCCAACAUGCGAUCGGUGGUCUAGCCUCGAAGCCGGAGCGCGACCUUCUCAUGCAGGACUUCAUGACGGUAGAAACGACAAACUUCCCGCACGAAGGUUCUAACCACACCCCCGCCCAUCACUACUCCGAGUUCAAGUUUAAGACGUACGCCCCCAUCGCGUUCAGAUACUUUAGAGAUCUCUUCGGUAUACAGCCGGAUGAUUUCUUGAUGUCAAUGAGCAGUGCACCGCUACGAGAGUUGAGCAACCCCGGCGCGUCCGGUAGCAUCUUCUAUCUGACCAACGAUGAUGAGUUCAUCAUCAAGACAGUGCAGCACAAAGAGGGAGAGUUUCUACAGAAAUUACUGCCCGGAUACUACUUAAACCUCGAUCAGAACCCCCGCACGCUCCUACCAAAGUUCUUCGGACUGUACUGCUACCAGUGCAACAGCAAGAACGUGCGGCUGGUCGCUAUGAACAACUUGCUGCCCUCCUCCGUCAAGUUACACCAGAAAUACGAUCUCAAAGGAUCAACCUAUAAGAGGAAGGCAAGUAAAACGGAACGACAAAAGAAUUCACCAACGUAUAAAGACCUGGACUUCAUGGAGCAUCAUUGUGAAGGCAUCUUCCUAGAAGCUGACACCUACACCGCCCUCAUCAAAACUAUGCAGAGAGAUUGUCGCGUCUUGGAGAGUUUUAAGAUAAUGGAUUACUCGCUACUGGUCGGUAUCCACAACUUGGAUGAGGCUCAAAGAGAGAAGACGGAGGCAAGGAAGCGCACGGACUCCGGACAGAGUGACGGUGAAGAUGAAGGGGAACCGAAGUCAAGCGGACUCAAUAGAACCAGAUCUGAGCAAAGCAAGGAGGAUUUCGGGAUGCAAGUGAAAAGGACACAGUCCAUCAACCGGCAGCGGCUGGUCGCGCACUCCACGGCGAUGGAGAGCAUCCAGGCGGAGAGUGAACCCAUCGAUGAGGAGGAGGAUGUGCCGCCAGGCGGCAUUCCAGCGCGGAACGCUCGCGGCGAGCGGCUGCUGCUCUUCCUCGGCAUCAUCGACAUCCUGCAGUCGUACCGACUGCGCAAGAAGCUGGAGCACACCUGGAAGAGCAUGAUACAUGACGGAGAUACAGUUUCAGUGCACAGACCGAGCUUCUAUGCGCAGAGGUUUCUAGACUUCAUGGGCAAAACUGUCUUUAAGAAAAUACCUUCGUCCCUGAAACACUCUCCUUCGAAGAGAAAAAGCAUCGCCAAGCCGAUUAAGCCUUUGGAAGAAAUUGAUACACCAGGGCGAAAACUCGUCGGCAGAACGAUUAAGGACUAUAACCCUGAAAUACUACUAAGGCAAACGUCCAGAUUGUCGCCGAGAUCUUCCUUAAGAUCUAGUAUGAGUGACUUUACCGAUACGACUAUAUCGACGUGGAAUCAGAAGCCACGCAUCCCUCAAAUACCUACAGAAUACCCAUCCGUGCUCUCUGAUAGACUGAAAAUCAUCGACAGAGAUCGUAUGGGCACUUUCCAAAGACGUACCGACUUUGACACUUCCAAUCUGACGUCCAGAGAGGCUGGACCCUCGUUCGCGGACAACGUCUACCGAUCCUCGAUUCAAGAUAGAAUGGAAUCACUAUCUGAUCAGCUAACUAAAGUGUUGUGCACGGGAGCCGGCAGCACCCAUAUAAACGGCAGCCUAGCUGACAGCGGCAUACAAACUGAUAAUACCAGCACGAGUGUACCGCAAAUAUAUAUAGCGGAGCCACACACAAACUUCCCUCCUGUUAUCAAAAUACUAAAAGACGCAGCCGUCGAUACUAGAAAUGAGAACAAUCUUCAAGAUAUACCUUUCAUCGAUGAUGAUGAUGAAGAGAAACAAGCGAAGAGACGGUCGAACAUUCUAGAGAAACACAAGAGCAUGUCCAAUAUACCAGAGAAGAUAGACGAGGUCAGCUCGAAAGAACACUCCAAUGAGAGGCUAUCAAGUAGCCUAAACAGAGCCAAAUCACCGACUUUUGUCGAGAAAUUUAAAAAAUUCUUCAUGGAUAUUGGAUUGGUUAAAACUGACAGCUCUUCGAUAACAGAAACGCCUCUAAGGGAACCCAGUACGCUACCAAAAAGUCUAAACUCCAGCUAUAGAACGAGAAGCGUAACACCAAUAAGAUCAGAAGCGAGAGAAGCGUCUACUUUACCGAAAGAUAUGAGAUUUCGUAAAGUAAGAUCAACGCAGACCGUUUAUAUACGACCGGAUUCUCCAAUCACGAUUAAAAAUAGCGACGUGAGUAGUCAAACUAACGACCAUGUGUCUGUCGUACAAUUAAAUGGAGACGAGCAUAUAAGAGAUUCGGAAUCCGAAAGGUACAUCAAAGAGGUAGUUUAUGUAAGGAGUUUAGAUAAAGCGGAAAUUUAUUCGGGCAAUGAUAGCGGUAGUACUAUUAUUAUUGUACCGCCAGCGGAUUGAAGAUUUGAAAGAAACCGUUAUGGUUUAAAUUUAUGUUAGGUGGAAUGAAAAAUUGCAGCGGUGAUCGUCAAAUCGUAAUUGUUUAGUACAUAUAGUUUGACUGAAUGGUUUUUAUAUUGUAACAAGAACCCACAACUUUGAGUAAACUAUCGCAUAACUAUUUAGUUUCGCUUUGAUUCCUAUG